AUGAAUUUCCUAUACGUCUCCUUCUUUCUGCUCGUUCUGAACGAGGUUUCUGGACGUGCCACGCAGUCUUCGGAAUCUGAAUCUGUCUCUUCGUCGAGGUCUUCCUCUUCAGAAGAAAUGACAUACAACGAAAAAUCGGAACUUGAGGAAAUUAAUGAAAAGGCAUGGACCUUUUAAGAAUCAUGCCGCAUGGUUCUUAAACAUUGUCUUAAUUUUAACGCUUUAUUUUCAGGUGUUCAACUCGUCAAUUGAAGAUACAGAAACACUUGGAAAGACAGACUUGGAAAAGUUUGACAAGGGUCUAGAACUUGAUGCCAAGGAUUAUGUGACGAAAAGAGUUGACAACCACAUGAACUCGACCGAACGCGUUCGUAGAAAAGUGUUUAUUUGAAAAACAAUUUAAUUCCUGCUCAGCUUGACGAUGAAGACCUUGUUGUUCUCGAACAUUUUAAGAAAACCGGAGAUAGCCAAGAAGAAGAGCUUCACCAAAAGAAUGAAACUGUUCUCGGGAUCGAUACUUUUGGAGCACAAGGAAUUUGA